UCUAUUGUUGAAUUACUCUCUUUCUCUCUGUUCCUCCCUUCCGGCCUAUCGAAGGAGCUCAAAUCCAAGGUCCGAGCAAUGCAAAUUCGCUCAGUACGACUGAUCUGAGGAUGAACACGCACGAAGUGUUAAAGAGACGAGCCCAUCACAUGCAGUUGUAGUAGUAGUCAUCGUAAUCGACAAUGGUGGAGGAGUCAGAGUCAUCGAGACGCAGAGCAAGGUCCAAAGGCAAAAAGCGAGGCAACCCAAUUGCAGGUACUAUUCUGGUUGAACUCCUCCUAGAUCAUCAAGCCGCUGCUUUAAGUUUGGGUCGGAAGCAGUCCUGCAUCUCUGUUAUUUCCAUGAUUCUGAAUUUGGGUGAGGAAAUGGCGCCGAGAGUUGAGGUUAGUGACAUCACAAUUCCCCCGUGGAGCAUCAACCUAGUUGGGUUAGGGGAUGAUUGCAGAUUCAAUCACAUUGACAUUCCUCAGUGCAUCACCUACAGUUAUGUGUCAGUUUCUCCUCAUGUUAAAGCGGUGAGUGCAGAGACAGCAGGCACGCUUCUUAGCCAGAUUGCUGGUCUAACCUCAAUAGCUACAGAACAGUCACUGAAGGCUCGCGAUGAGAUAUUGAGAUUAAAGAGAGAAAAAGACGUUGCACUAAGGGGAAAGGAUGAAGAAAUACUGCAGCUAAGAAAGGAAUUGGAAAUUGCCUUGAUGAAUUCGGGUGCUAAUUCAUUGGCAGAUGGCAAGAAUCAUAUGAAUUGUGGCAAUGGGCAUAACAAAAAUGUGCAGGAAAAGCACGUUGUAGGCAAACAAGAUUUGAGGGUAACUGGCUUUUCUCCAUUCACUGAUACAGAGGGGGAUACAAGUAGCGAGGGUAAGACUACUGAUGUUAUGUCAGAUAGUUCAAGUGAUGAUGAUUGGGGUGUAUCUAACCGAGAGCGUGUUUUUGGUUGGCUGCCUACCAAUGUUGUGGGUUGGAAAGUAGCCACAAGGGAAAGGGACGACACUUCUGAUCCCCCUACUACUGAUCGCAUUCCAGCCCCCCAUACUACUGAUCGCAAGCUAGUUAUGUGAAUUGACAGUGCUUUUAUGUAACUUGCCCUUCUAAUGAUGUUAAUUCAUUACCGACUUGUGUAACUUUUAUGCUUCUUUUGAUUAUAAUCGAGUGGAGAAGUAUUAUAAUACUGUCUUCGUAAAUUUCGAUUGCAGCUCACAUAGAAUUUUUGGAUUAGUAUGUAGUAUAAGUUUGAUCCCUGCUCUUUUUCCCUCUUAAAAAACAUGUGUAUAAUGCUAUAUAUGGCUGGAAGUUAUUCAAUAUUGUGGACUAUUUGUGAGCACCAUUUAUCUG